AUGGAUAAAUACGUAAGGAAUGUUGUAGCUUACUCAGACCGAAUUAUACUUUUACAAUUGAGUGCUAGACCGAUGAACAUCAAUAUACUGCAAAUAUACGCACCUACAGCAGACAAGGCAGAGGCGGAAGCACUCGAAUUUUACGAACAAAUUCGGGAAAUCUUGCACUCACUGAAGCCCGAAGAUAUUAAUGUGGUAUUGGGCGAUUUCAACUCAAUAGUAGGUAGUGGAAGUGUAGAGGGAGUAACAGGGGCGUUUGGAUUGGGCGACAGGAACGAACGUGGUGAAAUGCUAGUCCAGUUCUGUCUUGAGGAAGAUUUGGUUAUUAAGAAGACAUUCUAUAAACUGCACCCCAGAAAACUAUACCUGGAGGCACUAAGACAGCCCGGAGUACAGGAAAACCUGAAAAUUGAACUCGACAAGCUUUGCCAAGAGAACGACCCUAGUCAGGAAAUUACAGCUAAUAAUAUCUGGAGUAAGCUGAAAAGAAACACAAUUGCAGCCACAGAAACUGUUAUCGGCAGACAGAAAAAAGUAAAAUCCAAGCCUUGGAUGACAGAUGAAAUACUGACUCUGAUGGCUGAUCGUCGAAUUGUUAAAAACCAACAGGACAAAUAUAAUGAAAUAAAUCGGAGUAUCAAAAGGAAAAUAUUAGAAGCCAAGGAAAAAUGGAUCCAGGAAAAAUGUGAAGAGGCUGAAAGACUCCAUCAACUACACGACUCCUUUAACUUUCAUAGGAAGAUAAAAGAAAUAACUGGAGAAAAUAAAAGAAAUACACUAACGUCAAUCAAAAACAGACAAGGAACAACAAUUCUAGAUAUAAAGGAACUGAACGAUACAUGGAAGAAUUACGCGGAGGCACUGUUUUGGGAUCAAUGUACCCAUAAUCCUGCAAACAACUUUGGAAAUAUGGAAGGUCCAAAAAUUCUUGAGUCUGAAGUCAGAUACUCAAUAGAUUGUUUAAAGAACGGAAAAAGUCCAGGUCAUGUUGAUAUAUAUGCUGAAGUUCUAAAGCAGACCGACAUUAAACAGCUCACAUAUCUCUUUAACGUGAUAUAUGAUUCUGGACAAAUCCCACAGGACUGGCUAAGUCCACGUUUAUCGCCAUCCCAAAGAAAACAAAUCCCAAAAACUGCGGAGACCAUAGACUCAUAA